AUGUACUUCGACCUAUAUCUUCCAUUCCCUUUACCUCCCGAUAUCGAUGACGGACAAAGUAAGAAAAGCAAAAAGGGGAAAGGGAAAGCCGUUCCUACGCCUACUCCUUCUACACCUACGCCGGUGAAGAAGGACUGUUGGGCAGGGAUUGAAAGUAGGGACAGAGAAGGUUUCGUGAAGAAAGUAGCUUUAUCAGGCCAUUUGGGAUACUCUGUGAUCGGACUGACUGUUAGUCCACAUGAACCUUCCAACCAUGUCAUACCUUCACCAUUCUCGAGUGGAUUGCCUUUCCCAGAUCUUGAUCCUAGAUCAUCCUCCUAUGCUAGUUCUAGUGGUAGUUCAAGUAAAACGCCAUUGGUACAGGUCUCGAGGUACCAUAUGAGAUUGGAUGAUAAUAGGGUACAUCCAUUGACCAGUCAAAAUACAAACACCCUAAAAAACUAUGACAUCCUAAGUGUAGCUCCAACAAGUGAGAAAGCUUUUCAACUUGCUUGUACAGAUCUAUCCAAUCCUGGACCCAAUCAGAUAUCAAUCAUUACCCUACCAUUACAUGAGAGACCGUUUACUUUUAGAUUCAAUUGGAAACAGAUGAGACAAGCUCAGCGGAAUGGCGUAGUGUUCGAGCUCCUCUACUCUCCAGCACUAUACCCUCCUUCCUCCACAUCCCCAGAGACUUCUCGCAGAUAUCGACAGAACUUCCUUUCGAACGCCAGAGAGGUAAUUAGGAUAACAGGUGGGAAAGGUGUCAUCCUCUCUUCUGGACCUAAUGGAGAUCCCUCGACGGGUCUCAGAGGAGCUUUAGAUAUUGUUAAUCUAGCAACGAUGAUAGGUAUGCCAUCUAAUCUUGCUAAAGAAUCAAUUUCCAAUACCACCAAAAAUGUAUUAUUACGUGCUCAAGCGAGGAAAACAUUCAAAGCUGUCAUGUCAAUACCUAAGCUUAUUCCGCCUGUAGACGAUAGCGAUAACUCAGAUAUGCCAAGUAGUAAGAAGCGAUUGUCAGAUACAACAGAUGUGGAGCAGGGGAAUAAUGCGAAAGCCAAGAAAGUGAGAGUGUAG